UUUGGUAUCAAUUUAUAAAUUCUUUAAACCUAAUACAACUAUAAGUGCAUACUUCAAGUUAUGAAGUUACUUAGACUACGUAAUUAGGAACGUACAUUUAUUUACAUUUUUCAUCAUAUAGUAUAGAAGUCACUCUGAAAUCGGAAUAAAACAAAAAAAAAAUGGCAGCAACUAUACCAAAGUCUCAAAUCCUAUCACUUUAUAAAUCACUUUUAAAGGAAAGUCACAAGUUUGCAAACUAUAACUUUAGAUCGUAUGCCUUAAGAAGAGUAAGAGACGCUUUCAAAGAAAACAAGUCGUUAUCAGAUCCGAAAUCGAUAAAAAAAGAGUUUGAGUACGGUAAAAAUAAUCUGGAAAUCAUCAAACGUCAGGUGGUAAUCGGUGACAUGUAUAGAACGGAAAAGCUGGUAAUAGAAAAUCUGUGAUGAAAUAACCGUUCAAGUCUAACGCCUAUGCCUAAGGAUUUGUAAAAAGCAAAUAACAUCAAAUCUCAUUUGGAUGAGAUAACAAUCAGUUUUAAUAUAAAAUGAUAAAAUAUUUAUGUUAAAAAUUUAAAUUUACAUUUGUCAAAAUUUAUUUUUAAGAUAUGAUUUUAGAUUGUUGAUCUGUUUUUUUGACUUGAAAAAAAAAAAAAAUAUAAAUUUGCGAAAAUUCGCGUAUGGCAAGUUCAUCAGAAUACUUUCUGAUUAAAUAAAUAUUAUUAUUUGUUCAUAAACUUUGCAAGCAUAUCUUAAUUUGCAUUAUUCCGCAAAAGAUUAAUGUAAAUAUUACAGCCCUCAAAUUGCACCUUUGCAAAUAAUUUAAUGUAUAAAAGACAAUUUAUCCUUUAUAUUUUAAUUUUAAUAUUUAUAUUUCAAACACAUAUUUAAUAUGGAUUGCAUAUUACAGAUAAUAUACCGCAUUAUGUC